AUGGCCUACAAUAAAAGCUACAACCCCGAUGCGCUGCCAGCACACGCUGAGCCCGAACAGGUCGCCCAGAUGAUCGGGUCUAUGCAGGUCUCAGGAGGAAAAACGACCCCAGCUGCCAAUGCGCAAAAGCCACUGCCCGGUCGACCGCCAUCUUCAAAGCCUGGUAGUGUACCGCCGCGUGUUCCUGUUGGAAGUGGUGGCCCUCCGCCCAACCCAUAUACCGCGCCGAACCCAUACACGUCUUCUACCCCGCGCCCACAAGACCCGGCGCACUCGUACAACGGUCGGGCGCAUCCAUCGGCCAACGGGCCGUCUUCUCACGGUCUGCCCAGCCAAACCCGUCCUCACCCACUGCACCCUUCGCCGCCGCCUCAGAAUUAUGGCUUUGGGCCUCCCCCGCCCAAAGGUCAUGCCAAUCGCCCUCCACCCCUGUCCCGCCCACCGCAAUCGCCCAAUCCCCCGCCGCUGACCGUUCCCAGCGACGACCCUCAACAACUGCUCGGCCUUGUUAACGGCGACUAUACGUCGUUUCACCCGCGCACGGUCAAAAUGAUGAUCCGCAUGUUCGACCGCAACGGCAAUGGAGUGAUCAACUUCGACGAAUUUGUUUCUCUGUGGCGUUAUCUUGCCGCGUGGCGGGAGCUGUUCGAUCGAUUCGACGAGGACCGUAGUGGGCGUAUUAGUCUGCCGGAGUUCGAGAAGGCGCUGGUUGCCUUUGGAUACCGCCUUAGCCAGCCAUUUGUCUCUGUACUCUUCAAGACUUUUGAGAGCAAGACCCGUCAGCUGCAAGGGCAGCCCAGAAGCCCCAAUCAUUCUGGCAUGAGCUUCGACCUUUUCGUACAAGCCUGCAUCAGCCUGAAGCGCAUGACGGACGUGUUUAAACAGUAUGAUGAUGAUCGCGACGGCUACAUCACCGUGAGUUUUGAGGAGUUUUUGACUGAAAUCCUCCAGCUCCAAGAUUAA